AUGAACGAUUCUUCUCACGAAGCCCUUUGUCCAGAGUGCCGCGGACGGUAUGGCUUCUCGUCGCUGGCAACACACCUAUGUUUGGAACAUGGGUUUUGUCCUUUUUGUCCCUCUGAAAAGUACAUCACAGAAGAUUUGUAUCCUGAGUUAAUUUGCACACGGAAAGAGCUGGUGGGUCGGCUAGCCCAGGUCUAUCGGAAGGUAGCCAGUGACCUUCUUGCGCCACGGGAGACUGGCUUUUCUCUUGAAGCCUGUAGCUCAAUCUAUUCGACAUAUAUAGCGUCGUUCUCUCUCCUACGCAAAUUUCCUUACGGCCUUUCACCUCCUGUUGCAAUGCUUGUGCAUCUUAUCAUUGAGCAUCCAGCAGUAGGAUAUAGGUUAUUGUGCUCAUUGAGUGGUGCUGAAUCCCUGACAGCAAUUUAUGCCCUUGCUUCUUACAGCGAGCUGGUGCCACAAGAAGAUGCUCAACUUUGUCCUGAUUGCUUUCUCUUUUACACUGACCCAGCCAAUCACCACAGUCAGUGUAAGAGAUACUAUAGAUAUCAUUUUAAGCAUCACCUUCACUAUCAGGGCUGUCUAACAGAUUGCUUAGCAGGCUCCAUGUCAUCUGCAUAUGCGUCAGCUAGGACGAUCAUUGGCCAGUACUUUUGUCCAGAGAGUUUAAAGAACAAUCUACACUGUGCUCGAUACUAUAUGAAUCUAUAUGCACCAGUUAGCUCUACUACAGCCAAGAGUGUGGAGGACAGCCUACGGGGCUAUCUUACCCGCUACCCCGUAUUCACAUCCCUUAGUUACCCAGACAAGGCAUACAAAGUCAAGUCUUUCGAGCUCCAGGGCUCGUACGCUUUUGGCAAGGCCACCAUUUACUCAGAUAUAGACUUUCACCUCGUUAUUCUAAAGCUUGAGGGUGUGGAAAUGAAUGACUUGACUUCUGAGGACACAAAAGACUGCUUGUCCUCUCUGAUCAGGCACCUACAGGCACCCUCGGCAGGUGAGUGGCUGAGCCAGUUCUCGAUGGAUAAACCAAUUAAGUAUUGCAGGGGUACUACAGGGUUCAUAGAGUUUUCACUUAAGAAUGCAACGCAAUCUGUUAGCCUAGUAUUUGGCAGCCAACACCAUCUAUCUGCUGGACGGCGGCGACUUGCAAUUAUGCGGUCCUUUUAUCUCGACAAGCUCGCCAUCUAUGAACGUGCAGAGGGGUUCCUAAAGCAGUGGUUGUUUAUGAGUAGGACAACCGAGGGUAGCACUGCAAUGGGCCUCACAAAGUUUGCAUCACUGACCAUCUUGCAGCGCGUGUGCCUUUUUACUGAUGCUGGCAGUCUUCUCCGGCGGUUCAUUUGCUAUGAUUCAAGUGAAACCUACGAGGCCAUGCUAGAUCCGCCUUCUGUUGACAGUGUAACUUUUAGCGAGUCGCUGACUCUUUAUCAAUACGACUAUAAUGUACGCGGCAUAGAAAAAACUAUUAACCUUGCUGGAUUGCAUCCAAACCCCGAGUUAGUUGAUCCAGCAAAAUUCAAACAACUAGCGAUUGACCACUGUGCUGACAAUAGAUCAAAACGUGAUAUUCUUGACGCCAUAUUGCAGUUAGCAGAUACUCCUGAGGAGAUCUCGUUCAUCUGGGCCUUUACUCUCAUCCACGAGGUAUUGCGCUACCACCGAGACUUCUAUCAGCAGACACUUAGAUGUAAGUUGAGCUCCGAUCAAGAAAUGUCAACAACGAAUGUUCUGUACAGUCUGCGUGAUUUAUUGAGCAUCUCUAAUGACUUGGAGCCCAUUUCCACGGAAACGCGUACGUGUGUAUCUGCACACGUGACAAAAACCAUGACAUUAGCCUGUGCAUUUAGAAUACUCUUAACCGUGGAAACAAGCAUGCUGUUUUUGCGAUACUUUCUACCCACCCCUCCGCACUGCAGCACAGCAGAUCGCGAAGUUCUUCAUAAACUCAUUGCAAUCUAA